AUGGUGGACUACUACGAGGUGCUGGGCGUGCCCCGCCAGGCGACGUCCGAGGCCAUCAAGAAAGCGUACCGCAAGCUGGCGCUCAAGUGGCACCCCGACAAAAACCCUGAGAACAAGGAGGAGGCGGAGAGGCGGUUCAAGCAAGUGGCCCAGGCCUACGAGGUCUUGUCAGACGCCGAGAAGAGGGACGUCUACGACCGGUAUGGCGAGGCGGGAGUGGAGGGCGGCGGCGGCGGCGGCGGGCCCGGCCGCGACCCGUUCGCGUACGUCUUCACCUUCCGCGACCCGGCUGAGGUCUUCAGGGAGUUCUUCGGCGGCCGCGACCCAUUUUCGUUCGACUUCUUCGGAGACCCGCUGGAGAACAUCGUGGGCGGUCGGAGGAGCUCCCGGGGAAGCAGAAGCAGAGGAACCGCGCCCUUCUUCUCGGCCUUCAGUGACUUUCCAGCAUUUGGGGGUGGUUUUUCUUCUUUUGAUACAGGAUUUAGUUCCUUUGGUUCCCUGGGGAGCCGAGGCCUCUCUUCCUUCUCCAUGUCUUGUGGUCGUGGUGGGUCCAGCAACUUCAGAUCCGUGUCGACUUCCACCGACAUCGUUGGUGGCAAAAAAAUCACCACCAAGAGAAUCGUUGAGAAUGGCCAAGAAAGAGUGGAGGUGGAAGAAGACGGAGAGUUGAAGUCCCUGACAAUAAAUGGCAAAGAGCAGUUGCUGCGCAUUGACGCCAAGUAA